AUAACAAUUAUGAGCCAUGGUCUGGGAACCAAGGUCGUCUUUAUUCUAAACAACAAUUUUUGUUAUUAAAAAUGUGCUCAAAAGAGCUUUACUCCCUGGUCAAUGUUACAUUCGCCUCUCAGUUUUUCCAUGCCAGACGUCCUGAAGAUUAAUCCUUCAUUCAACUACAAUGGAUCCUUCGCCUCGAGGUCAGCCAGCUCAUCCUUGUCGCCCCAUCAGGUCCUUACCUCACCAUCCUCGUCCUUCUCCCUACCCAAGGCCAGUGCCCGCUGAUGUCAUGGCGAGCUAUCGCCGCUUCCAGCUACUUCAUAUCACCCGUGAGCUCAUUACGUGUCUGGAACAGCUCUAUUCUCCUGACCUCCCCGAGCAUCCUCAUCUGCUGUUCCAUAUUGUGAGGGGGCCUCCUACUAGCACUUCCUCCUCUCAAACCCCUCUGCCUAACCUCGUGGACCAGAGAACCCAAACUGAUGGCUGUCCUCAUGUUGAGUUUGCAACCCUGAGCUCAGGACUCCCGUAUCUCCUCCUCGUCCCCCAGUGCCUCAUGCCUAUAUCCGUCCUCUCAGUCCUGCCUUGGCAUCUCCUUCCUCUGAUUCUGGCCCUGGGUCUCCAGAUUACAUUCCUUCUUCUCCCUCUGAUUAUGGCCCUGGAUCUCCAGACUACUCCCCUACUUCUCCCUCUGAUCACUAAGAUUGUUUAUAAUAAACCUAUAACCAUUCCCUCUGACUCCAGUGUGCACCCAGGAAGUUGCCUGCCCAGGCGCUGUUCAUUCCUGGGUGCAGCAGCGGAGGACGCGAGCCGGGCCCCGGUCGAGGACCUCUCCCCCUCCACCACUGCCAGCCUUCGAGAUCCCCACCCGGGACCGCUUCGCCUCCUUCGCGAGACAGACUGCGAUGCUGUGAUCAUCGGAGACUCCAUCGUCCGCCAUGUCCAUGCUACUGUGGCUAAAGGUACCUGGGAUCGUGAGCAGGAACACCGGAGCUGUGGUUCUUCAUGCCGGCUCGAACAACACCAGCCUGAGGCAGUCGGAGAUCUUGAAGAGGGACUUCAACAGCCUAAUGGAGAUAGUUUGCAGCACAGUGCCCGGCGAGGAUCGUGUCUGGACCGUUUCCAAUACGCAUAG